AUGAAGUCGCACGCCACCCUGUCAGUCCUGGCUAGCAUCCUGUUCGUCGCCAUUGGCUGCCGUGGGGCGCCGCCCAAGGACUCGAAGCAAAAUGUGGGGGCCAAGGCUAUGCCGGGCUACAAGAUCGAGGCUACCUACCACAUCGCCAACGUCGGCACGGCGAGCACGCAGUCGCUCGUCACGGGCGACCCCAAGGUCUUGGAUGAGCACCUGAUCUGCCUCAAUCAGGGCGACGGCGUCGUCACAGCAUGGUACUUUACCGACCACAGGGGCAGCGGUACCGCCGAUUCGUACCCGGUGGAAAGGUACGGCGACCAUUGCACGCCGCUCUACGGCGCAGUCACCUACUCUCCCGACCCGUGGAAGACGCUCAGCAGCGGAAAGUCGGGCUGGACCGACUUUGCCAUCGUCCUCGAGAGAACUGGCAAGGAUGACGUCCAUGUCCUUCCCAUCUUCCAAAAGGCCCCUGGUGUCUAG